AAGGAAUAUAGAAAAUAAAAAAAUUAUAAUUUAUAAAUAUUUAAAUUUUAUUAGUAAUUGAAAAAGUCCAACUCUCUCUUUAAAUACAAAAAACAAAUUGCCAAAGACAAUGGUUAAAGCCUGCUGUGUAAGUUCCUCAGAUCAAGCGACAACAUCGUCAUCAGGUACCAAAGCUUCGUAUAGCCGAAAUGCAUUCAUGCACUUUUUGAGCGAAUACAGACGUGUAUGCAAUCGUCGAUCACCAGCCUGGAUGACAGCCACCGAAGCGGGAGCAGUGUGGUCUCGUAUGCCACUUAUUGAUAAAUAUUGUUAUAUUGAGAAAGCGCGAAACGCCGGCUAUGUUUACACAGCUCGCGAUCGACGGAUGAACCGUGUGAUGCGACAUCUGCGCAAGUCGCUGACUGAAGCUGAUGGUCGUGUCAAUCUGAUGCAGCUCUCCUUGGCCGUCAAGCAAAUGCAGUUGUGGAAACGUAAAACAUUGGAAGAAAUCUGUCGGCGGUAGAUGUGCUAGUCGUACAAAUGUACAGUCUCGUUUGCCUUUGCAUGUGCUAUUGGAAAAUGUGUUGUAUCCAGAAAUAAUGUAAAUUUCUUGUUGUAAAUAAAAAGGAGUGUUUAAGAAAAGGCA